AUGACCCCAGAUUUAGAUGCACUGGGUCAGCACUUUGUACAAUUGUCUCGUGAACUUGAGGCUUUGGAUUUGAUUUAUCGUACAAGAGACACUCUUGAAGAAGUAUUAUGUGAGGAGAUUGAGAAGAGAGUAAUAAAUCGAUGUCGAAGCGUGUUUGACAAGCCGAUAUUGAAGAGAGCGACGAAAUGGUUAUAUGAAUGGGUGUAUCCUUGGUUGAGCAAUGUCUUACCGGAAAAUGGUGAUGCUGAUGAAAGCUUGACAGUGUGGUCGAAAAGACUUAAUUAUCAUUUAUGUAUGAUGUUCUGCGAUUUGAGAAUCUCGGAACUCUUUGAUAUAAUAAUCGACUAUCCAGAUUCAAAGCCUGCUAUUGAUGACUUGGUCCUUUGUGUAAAGAGUCUUGACCAAGACUAUCGACAUCGAGUAGUCAAGUCACUUCAUUCAUCGUUUCAGAAGCGUCUUCUUAUCCCUGGUGCUGCCACAUCAGACAUACUCAAAGGCUAUAUAUCGACAAUCAAAUGUCUGAGAUUACUCGAUCCUCCCGGCGUCCUACUUGAAAAAGUAACUGGACCUAUCCGAGACUAUUUGAGAACACGUACUGAUACUGUCAAAUGUCUUGUAACCGCAUGGACAGACGAUCAAGGAAACGAUCCUGAAUUAAUAGAAGAACUCGGGAAAGCAGAGAUUCCUAUACCCACCGAAGAUGCAGAGGAUGCGUAUUUUGAGAACGACAACUGGGUCCCUGAUCCUGUUGACGCUGGACCAAAUUACAAAUCAUCGGUGUAUAGGUCGGCAGAUAUAACUAAUCUACUAAUUAGUGUAUUUGACGAUACGGAACCUAUCACGAGAGAAAUACAAAACCAAAUGGGAGUCAAGCUGCUUAACAAAACAGACUUUGAGACCGAGACGGAGAUUACUAAACUUGAGUUGUUUAAACUUCGUUUCGGAGAAACGAAAAUGCAACAUACUGAAGUCAUGAUCAAAGACAUUGCUGACUCGAAGAGGAUCGACCAUUACGUGUAUCCGGAGGGACCCCUGCAAAAAGGACGAGAGGAAAACGAGUCCGCUCUACUACAUACGACGAUAGUAUCGCGUCUUUUUUGGCCUACUUUACGGAACGAAGACUUCAAUGUACCGCAACCAAUACAAGAGGCUAUGGAACGAUACGAAGAAUCUUUCGAACGGUAUAAAAAGACUCGCAAGCUACAGUGGAUGACAUCCCUCGGAAAAGUUCAUCUCGAACUGGAGUUAGAGGAUAGGACACUUGAAUUUGACGUCGCGCCCGUAUAUGCGACUAUUAUAUAUAAUUUCCAAGAACAAGAUCCGCAGAAGCUAAGACGGUUAAUGAAUUUCUGGAUAGAUCGUGGUGUGCUAAAAGAAAUACAGAAAGAUACUUGGAUAGUUCUGGAAAUCGCAGAGUCAGCUAUAAUAGAUGAUUUUAUACCCCCCGAAGACCAUAAUCAAUUUUCAAUACAAACAGUAGAAGAUCCAAAAGUAGAGGCAUUGCGUGUAUAUUGGUCAUACAUCCAAGGAAUGCUAAUAAAUCUCGGUGAAAUGACUCUCGAGAGAAUGCAUACUAUGCUGAAUACAUUUGUCCAAGCACCAAACAAGUUUGAACAUUCUCCUGAAGAGUUGAGAGAAUUCUUGAUGUUAAUGGUUAAGCAAGAAAAGGUAGAGUUCAGGGCUGGUAUCUUUAAGUUGAAGAGUUGA